GACUAACAGUCGAAAAUAAGGAGCUGAAUUUACACGGUCAACAAGUAGUGACGACACCACGUAGAGUUGCGAUACUGUGGUUCUUAGAAUUCAUAAAACCAGGUCCAACAAUUCUCGUGGCUCACAAUAGCCGGCGAUUCGAUACUCCUAUGCUGCUCAGAGAAUUACAGAACCUUGGUCUCAUGGUCGAAUUUCGAUCAAUCGCUUGUGGCUUUUCGGAAGAAUUUAUCGGAGAUAACGCUUCUGCCGGCGCUCAUAAUAGGGCUGUCGAUGUACGAAUUCUGGAAGAUAUUCGAGUUGUAGGUAUAACCAACGAAGAGCUUCGCGGUGGGAGUAUAUCUAUCGAGAUGACUUUCAUUGAAGAAGCGCAGAAUCCAAAAACUAAGUUAAAUAAGAAUUCGUUCGACUGUAUCAAGGAAGGCGUUUCAGCAGGCAUGAAAACGAAAAUGGCAAAAGCUGGUUUAACAUUUAGUCAUUUAAAAGAAUCAUUUUUGGAAGGCGGCGAGGACGCUGUAACAGUUCUCUUAGCCUCAGAUGUCAACGGACAUCCUCGUAUCACAAAAAAUAAAAAAGUUAUUCAACGUAUAAUCACGCAAAUAAAGAAUGUCACAGAGAACUCGUAA